AUGAAUUUUUUGAGGAAGUUAGUGAGUGGUAAACGAAACAGGUUUCACUACAACAAAUACGAUCUUGACAUUACCUAUGUUACUCGCAGAGUUUGCGGUAUGAGUUUUCCUGCUUCGGGUCUAGAGCAAGUUUAUAGAAAUAACAUUAAUGAUGUUGCUGCGUUCUUGGAAGAAAAGCAUAAGAAUUCGUAUUUGAUAUUUAAUUUGAGUUGCAGGAAGUAUGAUUAUAAAAAGUUCAAAGGCAUGGUCAAGGAAUAUAAGUGGGAAGACCAUCAUUCCCCUGCAAUGAAUGUGCUUUUUGAAGUUUGCUAAGAGAUGUUUAAAUUCUUGAAGUAGAAUGUGAACAAUAUAGUAAUUGUUAAUUGCAAUGCAGGCAAGGGUAGAACUGGCACAUCCAUUGCUAGUUUUCUAAUGUUUAGUGGGUUGGCUGAAAAUGCAGUGGAUGCUAUAACUUAUUACGGCUGGAUGAGAUUUGAGCAUGGGCGUGGGGUCACUUAGCCUUCUUAGGUGAGAUAUGUUCACUACUUCGAGGGUGUAUACAAGAGACUCAUCAAGUCCCCAUCAAUCAAAAUUCUUGAGAAAAUUGUUAUCACCACUGUACCAAAAAUAUCUAGUGAUGGCAUUACUCCCUAUAUUGAAGUUUUGAGUGGAAAAGACUUUGAACUGAUAUGGACUAAUAAACAUUCUCAGAACUUGAAGAAUUAUAAAAACAAUCAAGACAGUCAUGAAUCCAAAAAGAAUCAAAAUAACAGAGAACAGCAUUUGCAAAAAAUAGUUAUUAACAUUGAUAAAGAUCCCCUGCUCUGUGGAGAUAUCUACUUUAGACUGCUGCAUAAAGGUAGCUUGAAAAGCAAACUAGUCUGUAGAUUCGCACUAAAUACUUCUUUUGUCUAGGAUAAUAUAUAUGAGUUUACUAAGCAAACAGUAGAUCCAGACUCAAUUAUAAAAGAUCAUAGAAUAAGCUGGGAUUUCAAAAUAUAGUGUUACUUUAGAGAUUUCUGUACCAAAUGUGAUCCAAGCAUGGACAUUGAUAAUUUAUGCUCGAGAUGUGUUAAAUAUAUGGGUGAGGAAGUCGAUUCCUGGAGAAUCAUAAAAGAUAUUCUAGAUAAAAAGAUUCCAAUUAACUGCGAGACGAUGUAAUACUUUUAAGAGGAAAACUCUAGCUCAGAUUAUGAGUACGAUGAGAGAAAUUAAAACAAAAAAGAACAAGACUAAUUCUAUAAUCAAGCAAUAUAGAAAAUGAACCAGAUUAACUAAUAAAUUGAAGAGGAGAAAGAAGGUUAUAAUCUGAUACCUCCAAAAAAAGAAAGUUUGAAUAUGAGAGAUGCCUACUCAGAUACCGAGGAAGAGAGCAAUGGCAAACAUUAAAUUAUUAGGAAAGUUGAACUGCUGCAAGUUAAUGAUGUUGACCAAGAAUUUGAAUUAAAAACAGGCUGUCUAAGGAAAAAAAGUCAAGACUUCAAUCGAGAGAAAAACCUAAACCUUGCAAAGCUAACUCAAAGCAAUGCACCUGAGAGGUAUGAUCAGGAAAUCAAAUCUACAACAUUUCAUGCCAAACGUAAUACAAGAAAACCAUCGAUAUAAUAAGAGUAUUUUCAAUGA